UUCCUCCAUUCUUUCAUCCGAGCCCAUCGUCUACAAAUACGGGGAGGCAGCCCACUCUUCCUUCCCACUCGCAGCUGCAGCUGCUCUCAGAUCUCUUCAUCGCUCCUAUCGUUGUUGACUUGUUGUCACUGGGCGAGGGAAUAUCUAGGGUUUCUUUUCUCAGAUUCCUUGCUCCGUGCUUUCAUCAAUCGGAGAAGAAACCAUUGGUCUAUUUUCUGUACAAUUAUAAAUAAAAUUUUAUUGUGUAAGGGGGACGCGGGAGUAUUUGUCGCUUGAUUUUUCGUGGAUCCUUCGCUGGGAGUUUGGUUGGUUUUGGCUGGGCCUAGGGUAGAGGGUGCUCAUGAGGUUCAACGAAGAUUGCGGGAAUGUGGAGGAGAAUGAGAGCGAGAGAGGAUUAGUACCGAUGUCUCUUCCGCAGCAGAAGCUUGUCGUUGGUUACGCCCUGACGUCAAAGAAGGUGAAGAGCUUCUUGCAGCCGAAGCUGGAGGGAUUGGCAAGGAGGAAGGGGAUUUUUUUUGUUGCUAUCGAUCUCCAAAGGCCCCUUGCAGAGCAAGGUCCAUUCGAUAUUGUGCUGCACAAGCUGACAGGGGAAGAAUGGAGACGGAUUCUUGAGGAUUAUCGAGAGAUGCAUCCAGAAGUGACCGUACUUGAUCCUCCCGAUGCCAUACAACAUCUUUAUAAUCGGCAGUCCAUGCUUAAAGAUGUUGCUGACAUAAAUUUAUGUGAUUCCUAUGGUAAAAUUGGAGUUCCUAAACAACUAGUUAUCACUAAAGACUCAUCGAAAAUACCUGAAGCAGUUUCUAAGGCCGAGCUAACUUUGCCUUUAGUAGCUAAGCCAUUAGUGGUGGAUGGGACUGCAAAGUCACAUGAAUUAUCGCUUGCUUUUGAUUCAUUCUCCUUGUCAAAACUUGAUCCUCCAAUGCUUCUUCAGGAAUUUGUUAAUCACGGAGGCCUUCUUUUCAAGGUUUAUAUUGUGGGUGAAGCAAUAAAAGUUGUUCGCCGAUUCUCGCUUCCUGAUGUUGACAAGUGCGAACUUCUGAAGAAUGCUGGCGUCUAUCGGUUUCCAAGGGUUUCUUGUGCUGCAGCUUCCGCAGAUGACGCAAAUUUGGAUCCUGGCAUUGCUGAGCUUCCUCCACGACCUUUGCUAGAGAGGCUUUCUAGAGAGCUCCGCUGCCGUUUGGGCUUACGCUUGUUCAAUAUAGAUAUAAUAAGAGAGCAUGGGACUCGAGAUCGAUACUAUGUUAUUGAUAUCAACUAUUUUCCUGGAUAUGGGAAGAUGCCUGGCUACGAGCAUAUAUUUACAGACUUCCUUCUUAGUCUGGUUCAGACCAAGUACAAGAGACGAUUGAGCAACACCUGAAGCUUCAUCCAUGCCAUGACCAGAAAAAAAAGGCUCUAAGAUUCUAAUUGUUCGAGUUUAGUCUGAGUCUCAGCUGAGUUUCUUUUGUACAUAAGCUCCUUCACUGCUAUCCGGGGCUUUUAGAUAGGGAUCCAGUCUCUGGUAGAUGAAUGAAGCUCUUCCUAAGAAAAUAUCAACUUUAAAUAACUUAAUACAAUUGUGAUUUGUUUC